GCCGACCACCGCAGCUCUCCAGUCCGACGGCAGCGCCGGAUCUCCGGCCAAAAUGUGCAGUGAAUGUUACGUGAACCAGACAUUUGUGCACGACGAUGGCACCGUGAACGACCACAAGCCACGCUCCUCCUCAGCUCCUCUCCAGACCCACAGCAGCAGCAGUGGGGUGAUCCUGGACAUCUCUGCCCUUAACAUGGAGCAGAAGGAGAGCGAAGAGGUGCCUCCGCUGCCCCCCCGCUUCCGCUUCCGAGACCUGCUGCUCGGGGACCAGAGCUUCCAGAAUGAUGACAGGGUGCAGGUGGAGUUCUAUGUGAACGAAAACACCUUCAAGGAGCGGCUGAAGCUUUUCUUCAUCAAAAACCAAAGAUCAAGCCUCCGUAUCCGUGUGUUCAACUUCUCCCUGAAGCUGCUCACCUGUCUGCUGUACAUCAUCCGGGUGGUGACCGAUAACCCGGGUCACAGCGCAGGACAACAGAAUGCUAACAGUGGCAACUGGAACGGAUCAGUGCAGGACCGAGAGAUUAACUGGGGGUUGAUCUUCUGGGUGGAUAGAAAGGUUCCUGUCUGGGCCAUCCAAGUGAUUGUUGCCAUCAUUAGUUUUCUGGAGACUAUGUUACUGAUGUAUCUCAGCUACAAGGGGAACAUUUGGGAGCAGAUUUUCCAGGUGUCAUUUCUUCUGGAGAUGAUUAACACAGUUCCCUUCAUCAUCACGAUCUUCUGGCCCUCGAUCAGAAACAUCUUCAUCCCCGUCUUUCUCAACUGCUGGCUGGCCAAGUGCGCUUUGGAGAACAUGAUCAAUGACGUCCACAGAGCCAUCCAGCGGACGAACUCGGCCAUGUUCAACCAGGUUCUGAUCCUGAUCUGCACGCUGCUCUGCCUGGUGUUCACCGGCACAUGUGGGAUCCAGCACCUGGAGCGGGCGGGGAAAAAUCUGUCGCUCUUCAACUCCUUCUACUUCUGCAUCGUCACCUUCUCCACGGUGGGCUUCGGAGACGUCACCCCCCGCAUCUGGCCCUCCCAGCUGCUGGUGGUCAUCAUGAUCUGCGUGGCUCUGGUGGUGCUGCCUCUGCAGUUUGAGGAGCUGAUGUAUCUGUGGAUGGAGAGACAGAAGUCUGGAGGGAACUACAGCCGGCACCGCGCGCAGACGGAGAAACACGUGGUGCUGUGUGUCAGCGCGCUGAAGAUAGACCUGCUGAUGGACUUUCUCAAUGAGUUCUACGCACACCCCAGGCUGCAGGACUACUACGUGGUGAUCCUGUGCCCCAGUGAGAUGGACUUGCAGGUGCGCAGAGUGCUGCAGAUCCCUCUGUGGUCUCAGAGGGUCAUCUACCUGCAGGGGUCUGUCCUCAAAGACCAGGACCUGCUCAGAGCCAAAAUGGAUGACGCUGAGGCCUGUUUUAUUCUGAGCAGUCGUAACGAGGUGGAUCGCAUGGCAGCGGACCAUCAGACCAUCCUGAGAGCCUGGGCUGUGAAGGACUUUGCUCCCAAUUGCCCCCUUUAUGUUCAGAUACUCAAACCUGAAAAUAAGUUUCAUGUGAAAUUUGCAGAUCAUGUUGUGUGUGAGGAGGAGUUCAAGUACGCCAUGCUGGCCCUCAACUGUGUGUGUCCCGCCACCUCCACCCUGGUCACGCUCCUCGUGCACACCUCCCGCGGACGAGAGGGACAGCAGUCUCCGGAGCAGUGGCAGAGGAUGUACGGUUGUUGCUCUGGAAACGAGGUGUACCACAUCCGAGUGUGUGACAGCAAGUUCUUUGGAGAGUAUAAUGGCAAAAGCUUUACAUACGCCUCCUUUCAUGCUCACAAGAAGUACGGCGUGUGUCUGAUCGGGAUAAAGAAGGACGACAACAAGAGCAUCCUGCUGAACCCCGGCCCCCGCCACAUCAUGGCCACCACCGACACCUGCUACUACAUCAACAUCACCAAGGAGGAGAACUCCGCCUUCAUCUUCAACCAGGAGCAGAGGAAGGGCCGCCCAGCGGGGGGGCUGUACGACGGACCCUCGCAGCUUCCUGUGCACAGCAUCAUCGCCAGCAUGGGCACUGUUGCCAUGGAUCUUCACAACACGAGUCCCCCUGAUGGGGGUCAACUGGUCCCGCCCUCAGUAAACGGAGCAGGGGGUCGCCGGCCGAGCAUCGCUCCAGUUCAGGAGAUCGCCGACUCCUCCUCCAUUCUGCCAUGUGACCUUCUCAGCGACCAAUCAGAAGAUGACUCUGUCUUCACAGAUGAGAAAUCUACUGAGUACGUGAAAGGUUAUCCCCCCAACUCUCCGUACAUCGGGAGCUCGCCCACCUUGUGCCAUCUGUUGGCAGAGAAAGCUCCGUUCUGCUGCCUACGACUGGACCAGGGUUGCAGGCACAACAGCUUUGAGGAUGCUAAGGCUUAUGGUUUUAAAAACAAGCUCAUCAUUGUGUCUGCUGAAACAGCAGGGAACGGUCUUUAUAACUUUAUCGUUCCUCUCAGAGCUUAUUACAGACCCAGGAAAGAACUCAACCCCAUUGUCCUGCUGCUGGAUAAUCCGCCGGAUAAUCACUUCCUGGAGGCCAUCUGCUGUUUUCCUAUGGUCUACUACAUGGCUGGGACCAUCGACAAUCUGGACAGCCUGCUGCAGUGUGGAAUUAUCUACGCUGAUAAUUUGGUGGUUGUGGAUAAAGAGAGUACAAUGAGUGCCGAAGAAGACUACAUGGCUGAUGCCAAAACUAUUGUCAAUGUGCAGACCAUGUUCAGGUUGUUUCCCAGUGUGAGCAUCAUCACAGAGCUAACUCAUCCCUCCAACAUGAGAUUCAUGCAGUUCAGGGCAAAGGACUGCUACUCACUGGCCCUGUCCAAACUUGAGAAGAAAGAGCGUGAUAAAGGCUCCAACUUGGCCUUCAUGUUUCGCCUACCCUUCGCUGCAGGGCGAGUGUUCAGUAUCAGCAUGCUGGACACCCUGCUGUAUCAGUCCUUUGUGAAGGACUACAUGAUCCUUAUUGCAAGGCUGCUGCUGGGGCUGGACACCACUCCAGGAUCCGGAUACCUCUGUGCUAUGAAGGUAACAGAGGAAGAUCUGUGGAUCAGUACUUAUGGCAGACUGUUCCAGAAACUCUGCUCCUCGAGUGCCGAAAUUCCUAUUGGGAUCUAUCGGACAGAAUCCCACAUUUUCCCAACUUCUGAGGUGAGAUCCUGAGAUGAUGAUUCUCAGGUGUCAGUCAGUGUGGACGAAUGUGAGGACACCAAGGAGAAAGGGGAGGAGUCUCGCAGCAACGACCAGUCAGAUCACCCCCUGCUGAGGAAGAAGAGCAUGCAGUGGGCCCGGCGUCUGAGUAAGAAGAGCGUGAGGUGGCAGGGGUCCAGCCGGGACUCGAGCCGGGACCACGGCCAGCGCAUCGCCCAGCAGCGCCUCAACCUGUACCGCCGCUCAGAGAGGGAGGAGCUCUCCGAGCUGGUCCGCAACCGCAUGAGGCAUCUGGGCCUCCCCACCUCAGGAUAUGAAGACCUCACUAACCUGACAGCCAGCGACGUCAUGAACAGAGUCAACCUGGGAUACCUACAAGAUGAGCAGAACGAUCACCAGAACACCCUGUCUUACGUCCUGAUCAACCCCUCUCCUGACACCAGGCUGGAGCUCAAUGACGUUGUGUAUUUGAUUCGUUCGGACCCUCUGGCUCACGUCCCAGAGGAGCCUCCUCUCCACAGAAGCAGCCUGAAAGAGAGACACGAGUCUGAAACAGAGCCCAGAGAGGACACCCAACUCUGAGGAACACGCUGACCUCCACUGAUACUCCCUUUCAACACCCCCUUCAGCUUUUCACGGGGGUCUGGUUGCAUCCAUGCAGUCUGAAAGAGGACAAUCUGUGCUUCGAUGUUCCAGCACUGCAGUCUGCAACCGUGUUUUGAGUGCCUACUGUUAGCAGGUGGUAUUUCACCGUCUCCUGCUGUGAAAGCUCUCUCAGAUGAGCAUUCAGGGACAAGCUUAACAAACAAAAAGGAAGAUUUGAAUCAGGUCCAUCAAACCUGCUUGAUUAGUGUGAGUUUCACUGACCACUGUCUGGAGUUGUUUAAUAUUGCUCAUGCUCUUUUGGGUUGUGGCUCCCCUAAAAAAAGAGUUUAGAGACUUUGGCCCAGGAUUGAUCUGUCUUUUCUUUACUUUUUUGUUCAGAUGCAUUUAUUGUGUCUGGUCUGUCACUUACCUAUUCACCUUCAAUCACAUCAAAUAAAACACAACACUCAACACUAUGUGACUUAAAUAUAAUAUGUGCAUUAAAGCUUUCCUUUAAAGCUUAUUCGUAGCUGAAUCAUAGAAGUAGUUGCUAACGGAGCCCGGCAGUAGAGAAAGAAAGGACACUAUUCACAUUUGUGAGCACAAGAUAUACUUCAUUUCAUGAAAUCAUUACCAGAUUUUGUUUUUGUGUCCACAAAUUAAAUCUUUAAUAAUUUAAGCCGUGGACAAGGCCAAGUCAUUCAUUCCAGUCCUUCGUUUAUAGAGAGAUGUGAAUACAUACUCUUUAAUGAAGCUUUACUUUAGCUCUGGGAGGAGUUAUCUUGACGUGUUUACAAGACGGUUACCAGCCUACACACGUGUAAAGCUUGGUUCUGUGUCAAAUAUACUGAAUAACACCAUUAUUGGUGAAAGGAGAGGAGAUAGAAGCAAAGAAACAGGGUUGAAACGAUGAGAUGAUGUGAAAAAGGAAGGUAGGAGACGCUGAGUGACUAACAGGUGAGUCACAUCUCCAGCAAUCAGGAUAUAACUGAGGUCUGAUCAGGCCACUCAAGAGUUUGACACCCCUGUGGGUGUGGGCAUUCCCCACAGGAGUAAUUCUGGGUGAAACGCCAAUUUGAUGUUUACUUUACACAAUUACUUUAUACUGUCUUUGUUUUUUUUAACCCAGCUCAUAAAAUAACUGGGCCCAAGCCUGGCAAUAUAUGAAUACCUGGUCAUCAUGCUUUAAACAAAUUGGAGGCAGCUUUUCACCUACCCCAGAUCUGAUCAUCUUCAUGUGCAGAGUCUAUAGACUCAUAUUUUUCAGUUUAGUUGCAAUACAAAUAUGUUUGUUAAAUAGCCAACGUUACGAGUAACUUACCGGUCCAGAAGACAAGUUGCAAGUUCAGCACCAAACCUCCUCUCUACACUCCACCAGAGCGGAUGUUUUGCUCCUUUCCCUUAUUGUUGAACUUUGUUGCCAAGGGCUUCAGACGAAUUCAGGUGUGCUUCUAACUUCAACCACCUUAAUGUGAUUAUUAACAAGCCCUCAGGACAGCUGGACUUCCUCUAAGUAAGACAUCUCGAGUUGGACUGAGGUCUGAUCAACAAACGGUGGCUCAUUAUCGCCCCUAGAGGAAAGAGUGUUAUUACAAGAGAAGAUGGGCCGAGGCUAGCUGUUCAACAUGCUCAUUUCAGUAGAUAUCUCAGCAACACAAUACAUACUGUAUAGACAUAUUGAUUUCAUUACUUUUUCUUAAUAGUGUUAGUUAACUUUGAAUGUUUAAAACUAAAUAUCUCACCAUGUCUCAUACUGCUGCUUUAAAGAAAGAUGUCAACAUUUUGGGAGAUACUGUAUAUUUAAUGACUUCCUUGCAAAUGUUCUUGUAAUUAGCAUGACAUCUUGCAGAGAGCGGCUUUCACGUUAAACAGUACAGUACAUGUAACAUGUAAAUGUGUCACUUUAGGGGUGAUAUUUCCCAUGAAUCGCAAAGGUCCUUGAAAUCUAAAACAUUUGUGAAUGUAAGGUUAACUAACCAAGGCCUUAAACAUUUUUGAAAAUAGACAUGGGUCCUUAAAAAGGGCUUGGAUUUAGAUAUAUUUUAUUUGCAAGGAUAUAAAUUGGAGUUACUGAAAUUGUGAAUACAUAUUUUUCUCUGCUGCAA